CCCAGUUUCCUCCCAGGUCAUCAGUGACUAAAACUGGGUAACAGAUUUGACUUCCAAGAGCCUCACUCACACCAUUGCUGCAGUACCCUGCUCACAUUCAGUGGCUUUUCUGGGGGCUGGCAUCCUCUGGGACCUGGAGGAGACUCAUGCAAUGGCACCCUGGCGCAAGACUGACAAGGAGAGGAGCGGCGUGGCCAUAUACAACUUUAAAGGUGCAGGAGAAUCUCAGUUACCCCUGCAGAUUGGUGAUGUGGUCCAUAUAUUGGAGUCCUGUGAAGAUUGGUACAAGGGAUACCUAGUAAGACACAAAGGGUUCGAGGGAAUAUUUCCUAAGUCUUUUAUCCGCAUCAAAGAAGUUACUGUUGAAAAGAAAAGAAAUACAGAGAACAUCGUACCUGCUGAAAUUCCAUUGGUGCAAGAAGUUACCACUACACUAUGGGAAUGGGGCAGCAUUUGGAAACAACUCUAUGUGACAAACAAAAAAGAGCGGUUCCAGCAGAUGCAAUCUAUGAUGUAUGACCUAAUGGAGUGGAGGUCACAGCUUCUAUCGGGAACACUGCCUAAAGAUGAACUGAAAGAACUCAAACAGAAAGUCACGUCCAAAAUUGACUAUGGCAACAAGAUACUUGAGCUAGAUUUAAUAGUUAGAGAUGAAGAUGGAAAUAUCUUGGAUCCAGAUAAAACCAGCGUCAUUAGCCUAUUUCAUGCACAUGAAGAAGCUACUAAUAAAAUUACAGAGCGAAUUAAAGAAGAAAUGUCAAAAGAUCAACCGGACUAUGGAACAUACUCCCGAAUCUCCUCAUCCCCCACGUACAGCCUUUACGUCUUUGUAAGAAAUUUUGUAUGCCGAAUAGGAGAAGAUGCAGAACUCUUCAUGUCAUUAUAUGAUCCCCAGAAACACACAGUUAUAAGUGAGAAUUACUUGGUGAGAUGGGGGAGUAAAGGUUUUCCAAAGGAGAUUGAUAUGCUCAACAAUCUGAAAGUGGUGUUCACUGAUCUUGGAAACAAAGAUCUUAACCGAGACAAAGUUUAUUUGAUUUGUCAAAUAGUCCGGGUUGGAAGAAUGGAUCUAAAAGAUAGCAAUAUGAAAAAAUGCACUCAAGGAUUGCGACGGCCAUUUGGUGUGGCAGUUAUGGAUAUUACAGAUACCAUAAAAGGUAAAGCGGAAAGUGAUGAAGAGAAGCAGCAUUUCAUUCCUUUUCACCCAGUGGUUGCAGAGAAUGAUUCUUUGCACAGUCUCUUAGGAAAAGUCACAGCAUCAAAAGGAGACAGUGGCGGGCAAGGUCUGUGGGUAACUAUGAAAAUGCUUGUUGGAGACAUGACUCAGAUUAGGAAGGACUACCCCCAUCUCGUUGACAGGACAACAGUUGUUGCAAGGAAGCUGGGAUUCCCUGAAAUAAUCAUGCCAGGGGAUAUAAGAAAUGAUAUUUAUGUUACACUGACUAUGGGUGAUUUUGAUAAGUACAAUAAAACAACCCAAAGAAAUGUGGAAGUGAUCAUGUGUGUCUGUGACGAAGAAGGAAAAGUGAUACCAAAUGCAAUUUGUUUGGGAGCAGGGGACAAACCUGUAAGUGAAUACAGAUCAGUUCUCUACUAUCAGGUCAAACAGCCACGCUGGAUGGAAACAUUAAAGGUGGCAGUCCCCAUUGAAGAUAUGCAAAGAAUACAUCUGCGUUUCAUGUUCAGACAUAGGUCAUCUCAAGAGUCUAAAGACAAGGGAGAAAAGAAUUUUGCAAUGGCCUAUGUAAAGCUCAUGAAAGAAGAUGGUACAACUCUGCAAGAUGGCUCCCAUGAGUUGGUAGUCUUAAAGGGUGAUAGUAAGAAAAUGGAGGAUGCCAGUGCUUAUUUGACUCUACCUUCCUCUCGUCAACAUGUGGAGAAUAAAGGAUUGACCUUAAGUCGAAGUGCUAGCAGUGUGGGAGGACUCUCAGUAAGCACACGGGAUGCCUUUUCUAUUUCAACUCUGGUUUGUUCAACAAAGCUAACUCAAAAUGUGGGUUUACUGGGUCUUUUGAAGUGGCGCAUGAAACCAGAACUGCUACAGGAAAAUUUAGAAAAAUUGAAGAUUGUGGAUGGCGAGGAAGUUGUGAAGUUUCUCCAAGACACUUUGGAUGCCCUGUUUAACAUCAUGAUGGAACAUUCCCAUAGUGAUGAGUAUGACAUUCUAGUCUUUGAUGCGCUGAUUUAUAUAAUAGGACUUAUUGCAGACAGGAAAUUUCAACAUUUCAAUACUGUUCUGGAGGCUUAUAUCCAACAGCACUUCAGUGCAACUUUGGCUUACAAGAAACUAAUGACGGUUCUGAAGACAUAUUUGGAUACCUCCAGUAGAGGGGAACAAUGUGAGCCUAUACUAAGAACUUUGAAAGCACUGGAAUAUGUGUUCAAAUUCAUUGUUCGGUCAAGAACAUUAUUUGCACAGUUAUAUGAAGGAAAAGAACAGACAGAAUUUGAGGAAUCUAUGAGGAGACUCUUUGAAUCCAUCAACAACCUUAUGAAAAGCCAGUAUAAAACUACCAUUUUGUUGCAGGUUGCUGCCUUGAAGUAUAUACCAUCGGUCCUCCAAGAUGUUGAAACAGUCUUUGACGCCAAGUUACUUAGCCAACUACUGUAUGAGUUUUACACUUGCAUCCCACCAGUAAAACUACAGAAGCAAAAAGUGCAGUCCAUGAAUGAAAUAGUACGCAGCAACCUCUUUAAAAAACAAGAAUGCAGGGACAUUCUGCUUCCAGUGAUUACAAAAGAACUGAAAGAGCUACUAGAACAAAGGGAAGAGCAACAACUUCAGCUUCAAGAGAAGAAGUACUGUGUAGAAUUACUCAAUAGCAUCCUGGAGGUCCUCAGCUAUCAAGACACAGAGUCCACUUAUCAUCACAUUCAAGAACUAAUGGUACAACUACUACGCACUGUGAACAGGACUGUUAUUUCAAUGGGGCGAGAUGACACCUUGAUAAGUCAUUUUGUGGCAUGCAUGACAGCAAUCUUAAACCAAAUGGACAACCAACAUUACUCCUUUUACAUUGAAACCUUUCAGACAAGUUCAGAGCUAGUGGACUUUUUGAUGGAAACAUUCAUCAUGUUUAAAGAUCUCAUAGGAAAGAAUGUUUACCCUUCGGACUGGAUGGCAAUGAGCAUGGUGCAGAACAGAGUGUUUUUGCGAGCUAUCAACAAAUUUGCUGAAACCAUGAACCAAAAAUUUCUGGAGAAUAUGGAUUUUGAAGUACAGCUGUGGAACAACUAUUUUCAUCUGGCAGUGGCUUUUAUUACCCAGGACUCUCUGCAACUAGAACAUUUCUCCCAUGCAAAGUACAAUAAGAUCCUGAAUAAAUAUGGGGAUAUGAGAUGUUUAAUUGGCUUUGCUAUCCGUGACAUGUGGUACAAACUUGGCCAGAAUAAAAUCUGCUUUAUUCCGGGGAUGGUUGGACCGAUCUUGGAAAUGACUCUGAUUCCAGAAAUUGAGCUACGAAAAGCCACAAUCCCAAUCUUCUUUGAUAUGAUGCUGUGUGAAUAUCAUAAGACAGGAGAAUUCAAAAAGUUUGAAAAUGAAAUAAUUUUAAAUUUGGACCAUGAAGUGGAAGGAGGACGUGGAGAUGAGCAGUACAUGCAGCUGUUUGAGUCAAUACUCGUGGAAUGUUCUUCAGAGUAUCGGGACAUUUCCAAGACAGUUGAAAAAUUUGUAAACCUAGUAAAGGGCCUUUUGGAAAAGCUGCUGGAUUACCGAACAGUGAUGAAUGAUGAGAGCAAGGACAACCGCAUGAGCUGCACUGUCAACUUAUUGAAUUUCUACAAAGAUAUUAACCGUGAAGGGAUGUAUAUAAGAUACUUGUAUAAAUUGCGAGAUCUUCAUUUAGAUUGUGAGAAUUACACGGAAGCUGCAUACGCCCUUCUGCUCCACACCUCUCUUUUGAAGUGGUCAGAUGAACAGUGUGCACCUCAAGUUAUGCAGACAGAAUUCCAGUAUUCACAGACCCAUCGACAGUUGAAAGAAAACUUGUAUGAAAAAAUUAUAGAAUACUUUGACAAGGGAAAGAUGUGGGAAGAAUCAAUAUCCUUAUGCAAAGAGCUAGCAGAACAGUACGAAAUGGAAGUUUUUGACUAUGAACUUCUAAGCCAGAACCUGAUUCAACAAGCUAAAUUUUAUGAAAACAUCAUGAAAAUUCUGAGGCCUAAACCAGACUACUUUGCCGUCGGAUAUUAUGGCCAAGGAUUUCCCACAUUCCUCAGGAACAAAGUGUUCAUCUACCGUGGGAAGGAGUAUGAGCGGAGAGAAGAUUUCCAAGCACAGUUGAUGAGCCAGUUCCCAAAUGCAGAGAAGAUGAAUACCACCUCAGCCCCUGGAGAGGACAUGAAAAGCUCUCCUGGUCAAUACAUUCAGUGCUUUACUGUGCAACCAGUUUUGGAGGAGCAUACCAGAUUCAAAAAUAAGCCAGUACCCGAUCAAAUCAUAAACUUUUAUAAAUCCAACUACGUUCAACGAUUCCACUACUCAAGACCAGUCAGGAAAGGAUCUGUUGACCCUGAAAAUGAAUUUGCUUCUAUGUGGAUUGAGAGAACAUCAUUUGUUACAGCUUACAAACUUCCUGGAAUUCUGCGUUGGUUUGAGGUUGUCUCCAUGUCACAGGCGACUAUCAGUCCACUGGAGAAUGCCAUUGAGACAAUGUCCAUGACAAAUGAGAAAAUUUUGAUGAUGAUUAACCAGUACCAGAGUGAUGAAAACCUUCCCAUUAACCCUCUCUCCAUGCUUCUGAAUGGAAUUGUUGAUCCAGCAGUCAUGGGAGGCUUUGCUAAAUAUGAAAAGGCUUUCUUCACCGAUGAGUAUUCCAAAGACCAUCCAGAGGAUCAAGAAAAGCUGAACAGACUCAAAGACCUGAUUGCUUGGCAGAUACCUUUCCUCGGGGCUGGAAUUAAGAUUCAUGAAAAGAGGGUUUCUGAUAACCUUCGUCCUUUCCACGACCGUAUGGAGGAGUGUUUUAAGCACUUAAAGAUCAAAGUAGAAAAACAAUAUGGAGUCAGAGAAUUGCCGGAUUUCGAUGACAAGAGAGUAGGUCGGCCGAGGUCAAUGCUGAGAUCUUAUCGCCAGAUGUCAGUUAUUUCACUGGCUUCCAUGAAUUCAGACUGUAGCACUCCAGUCAAAAUGGCCUCAGAAAACUUUGAACUGGAAGUAGCACCACGAAAACCAACCAAAUCAGAGUCAGAAGAAAAUGUCCUGCAGAUAAGCACUCAACCUGAGGUUAAGUUGAGAAGAUCCAGGAAGAGAACAAAAAGAAGCAGCGUGGUAUUUGCAGAUGAAAAAACAGCACCUGAGCUUUCCGAUAUGAAAUGUCUGUCAAGGAAAUACGAGUUUAUGAGCGACACCAACCUCUCUGAACAUCUGGUAGCACCUCAGAAAACAUCUGUUCUCAAGCAAAUGAGCUUUGCCAGUCGUUCUAUGCCAACUAUACCAGGGUUAACUCUGUCAGUAGUCUGCACCCCAGCUCCUGACGAAACAAAUGCAUCACAAAGGCUAAGCCAGCAAAUUUUUCCCUCUACUUCAGAGGGAGAUAAGAAGACCAUUAAAAAAAAGAGAGUGAACCAGUUCUUUAAAACAAAACGUAUGUCCAAACCACCUGAAGAUGGAAAGCACUCCGGAGAGCGCCAUUCUGAAUCCUUAUCCACCGAGCUGUGAAUUCUUUCACUUACAAAACAAAUCAAAAAACCCAAAGGGAGAGACUGUUUUUGAGCAUUCGCUAUUGAAGAGAAUGGCAUUGACAUAGUAUUUGGAUGAUAGAGAAUAUACAUUCAAGUGUAAUUCACACCAAAGGCUCUGUAUAAUUAAUUCAUUUGUAAUAUGUAUGUUAGGAGAAACUGAAAACACAUGUGAUCAUGGAACCUGCUGCAGUAUAUUAAAAGAUGUGCAUUAAAAAUA